UUACGCAUGCGCUCAUUUGAGAAAGAUGGCGGCGCCCACGGGUUCAUCAGAGGACGACGUCUUUGGCGAUUUGAACCUCUUUGAGGAGUUUUCUUCGACAGCCAGGACAACCGAAUGCAAGGAGUCUACUAAGAAGCAUCCAUGGGAAACAGAAAAGGCUGAUCUGGAGGAGGAAUUAACGAGACUGAAGCAAGAAAAUCAGAAACUUCAAGCUCAACUAAAAAUAUGCAUACAGUCAAAGGGUUACAAGGUAUCAGAGGGAACCCAGGAUGGUCCUAUUGCACAAGUGAUUUAUAUGAAUCAUGACAAAGUCUGCAAAUACAGACAAGAAAUUGAGAAAUAUUUUGAGCAUGUAUGCUCAGAGUAUUUUGGUCAACAAGCACAACCAAUGGGAAAGAAAUAUGAAUACAGCCGACCUCUACCUCAGUGCUCCUCCAUGGUGCUGGGUGAGAACCCUGACCCUGAUAACCAGCAAGCCUUCACUGUCACUGGCAAUGUGCAAUACUACCUCUUAUUUUGCCUCGACACGUUAGGGCGCCCUCUUGUGGAUGGUAAUGUCGAGAUGACCGAAGGAUGGGAGAUACCUCUCUAUCCGAUCAUCUUCCGAGAAGCCUUACCUGUAGAUGACAAACCAAGUGCACCAUCAAAAGGGAGACGGCCAAAAGCUUCUUGUUUCAACUGUGGUAAUGAGAAACAUAGUUUGAGAGAAUGCCCAGUGCCUCGUGAUCUAGUCCGGAUCAGUCAGAAUAAGAAACUCUUCAUGGAUCAGAUGUCAUCAUCCCCUGCAAAUACCAUCUCAGGAAGACGCUACCAUAAGGAAGGUGAAACCAAAGAGACAGAAGACCGCUUCAAAACAUUCAAACCAGGUGUCAUCAGUGAUGCAUUGAGGCAAGCAUUAGGUAUAUCAUCUAGUCAGCUUCCUCCUUAUAUCUAUGGUAUGAGACGUCUUGGUUACCCACCGGGUCACUAUAUGGAUGCACAGGUUCACAAAUCAGAUCUAAAGGUUUAUAACAUCAAAGACACAGAUGAGGAAGGGGAAGUCCCUAGUGAUGGUGAGGAUGGCGAAAGUGCACAACCAAGGUUCAACCUCAACAAGCUAAUAGAUUACCCAGGUUUCAAUGUUGAUGCUCACCCAUCCAUUGCAGAUGAGUGGCAGAGGUACAACUCUAUACCAAUGCAGAACAAUCAGCGUAAGGAGGUCCUCAAGCUACACCUCACACCUAUGGCAGUGGACGAGGAUGAUAUGGUGACGCCUCGAAACAAGCGCAGGAACAGGGAUUUCCAUGAGAGCAGCAGUCAGAAGAAACGUAGGAUAGAGCAGGAAGCGGUGGAUAUGGAUAUCAGUACAGAGUAUCCAGAUACCCCUGUGAGAGGCUGGUUUCAACCUCCACUACCACCAACCCCUGAGAUAGCCACGCCUCCCCCUUUACCCCCUGGCUCUGCCCCACCCACUCCUAUCAGAGACAGCCCAUCAGCGUCUAGUCAGGAUGACUCGUUACCAUGGCAAAGUGCCAAUACCAGCCUCUCUGCAUCCCGCCAGAACUCUCAAGCAUCCUCUCGGUCUACGUCUCCAGACCUAGACCGGCUCAUGACGGAACGGAACAAACUUCUCGCGGCCCUGGAGAAAGGUGGGGAUAGUGUCUCAUCUUCCAGUGAUGUCAUCGCAUCAGGGGUGGAUACCACAGAGGAGGAGGAGGAGGAUGGUGAAGUGGAAAAUGACAAAAGGACUAAGAUCACAAAUAAGAAGGUUCAUUCAAAGGAUAGGAAGGAAAAUGGUCAUGACGGACACAUUGAAAGGACAGAUGAAGCAGGAGAGUCUAAUCCAGACGUUUCGUCCAAGGAUUCCCCAGACAGUCCGGAACCGCAAAGCCUGAACAGUAGCAGUCAAUGGAUCACCUUAGACACGACAGGAGACAGCAGUGUCUUCAUGAGCCAGGAGGUGGAGGAGGAUGAGACGCCCAACAAGUCUGGUGUUCCUCACAGACGCAACUUCUCUGUCAACAUCACACCUCAUGACUUUGAAGUUGAUGAACCCAAGAAGAAAGGUAUCUUUCAGAAACUCUUAGGAAUUCUGAAGAGAGAUAAGAACUGAUCCAUAUCCAUCUGUAGUUUUAUGUUUGUUUUAGAAAUCAAUAACAAUUACAUUUUUAAGGGAAGUGAUCAAACAAGAAGUCAGCAAUACUGUUUUUUUUAUCUCAGUGAUGAACUACCAUUGCAAUUUGGAAAUAUGAGAUUUUGUAAUAUUUUUCUGUAUCCAAAGCAAGUAGGAAUUGUUUGAACUGUCAACCAUUUUUGUUUGGGGGAUAAAAUAUUGAUUUCCAAUGUCAAUAAGCGACCAAAUGAUAAUAGUAUACAUAAUCUUUUAACUCAAGCAUAUUAUACAUGUGUCCACAAAUAUCUGAAUUGAAGGUUGAAAAAAAACUUCAUAAUCUAUAUCACAAAAAAAAUAAACUUAAGAAAAUGAAAAUGGUUUGAAGAGAAAAUCUAUGAAGUUGUCUUGAAUUUGGUCACUUUAAUCUAUUUAUUGGAAUGACUUUGUAUAGUAAUAGAAUAGAUGUCAAACAUUUUAAAAGGAGCUGAGACUAAAGCGACUACUUCAUAAAUUUAAAGGUCAGGUCUACCCCAGAAAAAUGUUGAUUUGAAUAAAUAGAGAAAAAUCAAACUAGCAUAACGCUGAAAAUUUCAUCAAAAUC